AUGGCUCGCUUCCCGUCCAUAGUGAUACUGUGCUCGGCCCUCACGGGCUUGAGUAGAGCAGCAGCACUCGGCUCCGCCGAAGAUUAUGCAUCCGGCGCUGUUCACGCCCAAAUCAUGGCGCUCAAGGUGGUCGACCUUUACCACUUCCUGCCUCAUGCCAAGCUAGGCAGCUCUCAAGGUCAAGGCUCAUCUUCAUGGGGUUGGACUUCCGCCGAUGGGCGCGAGUUCGUCGCCAUCGGUCAAUUCGAUGGUACUGCUUUCGCAGAAAUCAGCUCGGAAGGCAAGCUUGUUUAUCUCGGAAGACUCCCACCAUACGAUGCCAUCGGUUCGCGCUGGCGAGAGAUUCGAGUUCUCCGAGACUACGCUGUCAUCGGAUCUGAAGCUAUCAAACAUGGCGUACAGAUCUUCGACAUGAAAAAGUUGCUUGAUCUUGAUCCUGAGAACCCAACAAACUUUACCCAAGAUGAUUUGACAGGUCACUGGGACGAGCUUCCUGUCGGUAGGACGCACAACAUUGUUGUGAACGAGGAACUGAACUACGCUAUGGCUGUCGGUUCAGUUGGUGGCAACGAAACAAUACGGGUGCGCGGUGACCUUCCCUGCCGUGGCGGUAUCAUCUUCCUCAACAUGACUGACCCUUCAAACCCCACAUCCCCAGGUUGCGCAGCUGGCGACGGCUACGUGCACGAUGCUCAAUGUCUCGUCUAUCGCGGCCCGGAUGAGCGGUAUUGGGAAAGAGACAUCUGCUAUGCGUACAACGAAGACACUCUCACCAUCUACGAUGUGACCGACAAAGUCGGUAACGUAACCAACAUCAUCUCCAUCACCAGCUUCCCUGGAGCCGAGUACGUCCACCAAGGCGUCGUCAACAACGAAACAUGGCAGGAGUACAUCUUCCUAGACGACGAGUUCGACGAGCGUGACGCCAAAGUCGGUCCCAUGACACAAGGCCUUCCAACAACUCACAUCUUCGACAUCCGUGAUCUGGAGAAUCCGUUUUACUCUGGCAACUACGAGGGCCCGAGACGUGCCAUCGACCACAACCAAUACAUCUACGACGGCUACUCUUACCAGUCCAAUUAUGGAGUUGGUCUUACGGUUCUUGACAUACGCUCCAUCACCGAGGACCCAACUGGUGGUGGUGUUUGCGAGGCAGGAUACUUUGAUGUAUAUCCCGAAGACGACGAGAAAGAGGGCGGCGGCACAGUCGCAUUCCUCGGCUCCUGGUCUUCCUACGCUGGCUUCAAAUCCGGCUUCAUUUUCGUGCACACCAUCGAGCGCGGCUCAUUCGUCGUCAAGAUGACAUCCAAGGAGUGCGCUAAGCCUGCUGUGUGCAAAUCGGAUUCCUGCUUGACCGCGAUGCGCGCAAGCUCGAUUGCUGGAAGACUGGAGGCUAGUCAAGACUUCUGCUCUGACUUCUUGGUCAGGAAGAAUGAUGAUGUUGGCUUGGUGCCGGACUAUGCGAGAACAGGUUGUGCGGUGGGUAAUGCGACGCAGGAAGUGGUUGCGAGAGUUAGCAGCGCGUGUGCCUGUGUGCCAACGAGCGCGGUACCAGAGCUGCCCAGGACAACGAGCCGGCCGCCUGUACCUACCGUCCUACCUCCAAAGAGAGUCUGA